AUGAGUGACAUAACACUAUCUGAACCAUCAAAACGUCGUGGUGAAGAUUUCGGUGAGUCAUGUGAAGAAGAUUCUAUUGCUGGAUUAAACAUCCCAUCAGUUACUCAUAAUUUAAGCUUGGAAAAUCGUGAUUUGAAGAGGAAGUUAGAUGAAGAAUUAUCUACAUACAAACAAAGAUUAUCUGCUUACCAGGAAGGUCAGCAACGUCAAACAAACCUCGUUCAGCGGCUCCAGUCUAAAGUGUUACAGUACAAGGAAAAAUGUCGAACACUUGAACUUAAAUUACAGAUAGCCGAUACGGAGAAUCAAAACAGAAAAGCUGGAAUGGAUGAAAAUACAGCUGAAUAUGAAGCGACACUUCUUAGACUUGAAGAAGAGCAGCAAAGAGCUUCAACGCUUGCUGGUGUAAAUAGCAUGCUUCGGGAACAAUUAGAUCAAGCUACACAUGCAAAUCAAACGCUUUCCUCCGAUUUACAGCGUAUUAAGGAAGAAGCAUCUCGUUUACGAGAUGUUCUUGAACGACGGGAAGCGGAAUGGAGAAACGAAGAAGCUGCUUUCAACGAUUAUUUUACGAUGGAACAUGGGAGACUCCUUGCCCUUUGGAGGGCAGUCGUAGCCUGUCGUCGUCAGUUUGUUGAAGUCAGGGGUCAGGUAGAACGAGAAAUCGGAUCUGCUCGGGUAGAACUAUCCAGAGUGUCGAGGAUAUGUCAAACCGCUUGCGAAAACUUUGCUUCUAACUUACGCACAAAGGAAGCUAGAAACAUGGUCACAUUAGAACAAGAGAAAAAUGAAAAGAAAAAAUUAGAACAUGAAUUAGAUGAAUUAACUAGAAAUUGUGAAAAUAUAAGACAGCAAACAAAUGGACAACUUGAACAAGCAAAUCAAAAAAUCACCAAUUUAAUUAAUCAAAUAGACGAAUUAAACAAACAACUUUCUGAUAAAGAUAGAACAAUUGAUAGUUUACAACGACUACGUACUGGUCAAACUUUGUGUGGACGUAAAGAAGGGGCAGAUAUCAAUGAUCCUUCUUCAAGAGCACUGGUUGAGGAAACUCAAGCAUUAUAUCAGACACUCAGAGAUAUUUCUCAGUCUGUACUUAAUGAUGAAAUCGUACCAUCUGAGGCCUUUGGUGGUGUUGAAGGUUGUUUUCAUCAGUCGAGAUCCCGUUCACCAUGCUAUGCUUCGAAUCCAAAGAUGAUGACCAAUAGUUUCCAUAACUCAAGGGCAGGAGCGUAUGGUCGCACCGGAUCACCACCACCACCAGUUAACAGUACAAGUGCUUGUUAUUGGGGUGAUUCAGCAUUAUCUGCUGUUCAGGCUGCACUUCGUAAACGUGGACUUCAAGUUUCUGAAUUAACGGCCAAGCUGAACAACACUAAAGAUCAGUGUGACUCGGUUAAACAUCAGUUAGACGAUAGUGAAAAUGAAAGAAGAAACUUAGAACGUCAACUAAUGAAUAUGCGUGCAGAACUGGACAAUAUACGAAGAGAAAAAGAAGAAAUGGGUAGAGAAGUAAAACGAAUUACAGCGAAUGUUCAAACUCUGGAUAACGAAAGAGCCGAUCUUGAAAGAUUACAUUCGAAUACAUCUGACGAACUAAAAAGCUUGCAGAGCGAAUUCGAACGUGUUCAAAAUGCUUAUAAUGAGUUGCGUAAAAACAGAGACACAUUAGAAGGUGAAUUAACUUGUGCUCAGCGUGAUGCUGAAAGGUGUUUAAGAGAGUCUGAACGUUGUCAACGUUGUAUUGAUACACUUGAGGAACGUUUAUCAUCUGAGCGCGAAGAAGGAACAAAUUUACGAAGUGCCCUUCAGAAAGCCAAAUUAGAAGCUGAGAUCAAAGCCAAAGAAUUAGCAGAUAUUCAAGACGCUCUAUCAAGAGCUGAAACACGAAAGGCAGAACAGGAAGCUGAAAUAGUUCGACUACGAUCAGAUGAAGCGGCACUAGGUGAACAUUUGUCCAAGUGCCAGAGUAAAUUGGAAGAGGUCUCCAACAAGAGGUCGAUUCUGCAGAGCCAAUUAAGAAAUCAGGAAGCGGAAUACAACCAGCUAGCAUCUGAUUAUCGAAAUGCUGAUGCAGAUCGUUCUAGCCUGAAAGAAGAACUUAUUCAAAUGGAAUCACAAAAGAAUGAACUAAUUUACGAAAAGAAUAGCAUUUCACAAUCUUUAACGAUGUCUGAGGCUGCUCGUGAAAGACUAGAAGAAGAAAUCACCAGUCUGAAUAGAGAAAAAUUAGAAAUUACUGAGCAACUAAAUACCGUUACAAGACAAAAAAAUGGUCUCACUAAUGAACUGAUCCAAAAGAAUAGAGAUUAUGAAAGAAUUCGUGAUGUUAUUGGACGUCUGAAUAGAGAAAAAGAAGACUUGACAAAAGAGAAAGGUGAACUUUCGGCACAGGUCACUGCACUUAGUAGAGAAUUAAAUCAAACUUGCGAUUUACUUGUAGCGAGUAAAAAAGAACAUGAAAAUUUAGACGCUGACUACUAUCAAGCCAAGCAACAGAUAAUGCAAUUGGAAACAAAAAGAGAUUUAUUAGAAAAUGAGUUACAAGAACAAAAUCUAAAACGAGAAAAUUUAUUGGUUGAACUGAAACGCACUCAAGCCGACCUUCAACACGAAAUCGAACGUGGACUUCAGGCUCGUGAGCAGGCCUCACAGGCUUUACAAAAACGUGAAGAUGAAUUGCAAGGGGCGAUGAAACUAUCGAAGGAGGCAGCUGAAACCGAAAUAUCCAGAUUGAGAAAUCAGUUGACUGAAUGUAGACAAUUGUCUGAUAAGGAGCUAAGAGAUCUUACACUUAAUCAUAAAGAGGCUAUCAAAGACCUUAUAAAGCAGAGCGAACAAGAUAAACAAGAUUUUGAUAAUGAACUCAUGAAACUUCAAAGGGAAAAAGAUGAAAUAACUUUGACAUAUGAAGCAGAGAAACAAAAUUUAUUAUCGUUCAAUGAACAAGAACGAGUUAACUUACAUGAACGACUAAAUCAUUCAUCACAACAAAUUAAAGGAUUAGAAUCAGAAAUAGAUAGAAUUAAACGCGAAGCUUCAGCUCGUCAUGAACGUGAUGAUAUGGCCAAAGCCGAUUUGACACGGGAACUGAAAGAAUUCCGUCAACACUAUGAAGAGACAUGUGCAUUACAUGAACAAGCAAUGAAGAGCGCUCAAGCAAAAUCUGCUCAGCUAGCUACUGAAAGAGAUCUAGCAAGAAAUGAAGUGAACGAAUUAAAAAUGCAAAUAAACUUAAUUGAAGAAGUUCGAGAUGGAUUACAAAAAAAUAUCUCAGAAAUAUCUCGUCGUUUAAAAGAAACAGACGAAGCUCGAGAAACACUACGUAAAGAAAUUAUUGAUUUACGUAGGACUCUAGCUGAAACACAACGUGACCGCGACAAUCAGGAAGAAGCCAAAGAAAAUCUCGUGAAACGAGUUCAGUCUCUAGAAACUGAGCGUGUUGAACAAAAUAGAGUUCUGACUGACCAACAACAACAAAUCUCUGCUUUUGAAGAACAAAAAUGUGCCGAUAGCAAGGAGAUUGGUGAGUUGCGUUCAAGUGUUCGCGAAAGUGAGAAAGGACGUCUCGAUGUCCGUCGUGAUCUGCAAGAAGUUAGACGUCAACUUAAGGAUAUGCAAUCAGAUCAUGAAAGGCAGACUAAGGAUUUAAUGGAAAUGCAGUCUCGGAUAACACGGGAGGAAGAAAAAAAUGAAGAAUUACGUCAAGAAAAUACCGUCUUGAAACAACGUAAUGGUGAAAUAGACGCUUCUCGUUCUAAGCUACGGAAAGAGUUAUCCACUAGUGAAAGAAGAAUAUGUGACCUACAAGAGCUAUUAUCUAGUAGAGAACGAGAAUACAAACAAGCAGCAGAUCAUGCGAACUGCGAAUAUCGUCGUCUAACAGACACAAGAAAUCAAUUAGAAACGACCGCUGAAGCGCUGAGUAAUGACUUAGCGGAAGUAAGGUUGGCUUUAAGUGGAGCUGAGGGUCGCGUGAGUACUUUGGAAGCUCAGUUGGCAAAAAGUGAAUCAAUACGAAGAGAUUUUGCAUAUAAGCUGGCAUGUAUACAUAGUUCACUUCGUAGACUUAUUGGUUAUAAUCAAUGUCGCCAUCGAUCGAAAACUCCAUCAAGAAUCAGAGAUUCAACUUCCGUCUCACCUGUUCGUAAACUAAGAACAGGAACAAGCCCAAUAAAUAGCCGUGAUAACUCUCCCGUAAAAGAUGGCGUUAGUGAUUCUAAAUUGUCUAACGUAUCAAGAGUAUAUCUUAGUGAUGGAUCGUUCAAUGCAUCUGACCUAGAUCCUGAAGCAGUUCGUUUGGCUUUACGCGAGUUUGUACAGAAAUAUUCCUCGGUAAAACGAGAUUAUGAAGAUGCACAAGCACAAAUCACAUCUCUUCAUUCUCGAUUAAACGAACAAGCUGAACAGACUGAACAGUGGGCUCGAAGACUUCACCAACUUCAGCAGGCUUUGUGUGAAGCUGAAGCAGAUAAGAAAGGAGUAGACGGAAGAUUAUCUACUACACAAACUGCUCUUAUGCUUCAAGAAGAAACCUUACGACAAAAUGAACGUGACAGAAAAAUAAUGGCAGAUAAAAUAAGUCAACUAGAAAGACAAAUAUCUUCCAUAGAAAAUGAGAGACAUGAAGAUCAGGAAAAAAUAAUGCAUUUACGUCAAACUGGAGCACGCUUUGAAGAGGAGCGUCGUCUCAGUCGAAGAGCUUUAGAUGAUGCUGAAAAUCACAUCACACAACUUGAAGUAACUAGACGAUCAUUAGAAGGUGAAUUACAACGACUAAAGAUGUGCAUCAGUGAUAAGGAAGCUGAGAAUCAAAUGCUUGAAGACAGAUGUCAAAACCUUUGCAAACAAAUACAGGAUUUAGAAUCGAAAUCACAGUCAUUACAACUGACAGUUGAUCGUUUAAGUACAGCGUUAGCUAAAACAGAAGAGUUAGAAAGUGCAAGCAAAGAUAAAAUCCAACAACUUAAUUCAAGUCUUUCAGAUCAUAAUCAGACCAUAUUAGAAUUACAAGAACGCCUAGCACAUUUGCAAAAAGCUCUAACGAAUUCAGAACAUGAUAGACGAAUAAUACAAGAGCGAUUAGAUAAUACACGUAGUGUGUUGCAUGAACAAAAACAUCAAAACCAACAGUCAUGUGAAAAAAUACAAUCAUUACAAAGUGAGUUAGCUGAUGCUGAAUUGCGUCGAGGAGAGCUUGAAAAUCAAGUUCGUCAAACAAAUAAUACUUUGGAUAAACGUCAAGAAAGUGAACAAGAACUCAAUAAACAACUUCAAACGCUUUUAAAGGAAAGGCAAGAACUAUUUGACAGGGUAUCGUGUUUACAGCGCAAUUUAACAGAUGUUGAAAAUAUGCGUGAUCACUUAAUGAGAUCAAGUACCCAUCUAGAAAAAGAUAGGCAUAAUCUUAAACGACAUUUAGAAAAAGCCGAAAGAGAAAAACAACAAAACGAAGAAAUUGUGAAUAAGAAUAAUCUUGAUCGUACGGAGUUAGAAAUAACAUUACGACGUUUGGAGGAAGAGAAUUCAAACAGAAGAAAGCAGAUUCAGUUUUUACAAUCCAAAUUGGUUGAGAUGGAACAAGCUCAUGCUAAACACCUAAAUGAACUAGCGAGUCGACAUCGAGCAGAAAGUGAAUUGGAACUAGAAAGACUGCGCUGUGGCAAAGCUCAAGCUGAACGUGCACUUGAAGCACGCGAACGCGCCCACAAACAGCGUGUUAGAGCUUUGGAAGAUCAAGUUGUACAGUUAAAAGUUAAGUUAGCCUCACUUAAAGAUCAAUUGAUAGUAGAAGCGAAUAGACCACAGCAAUUAAUAAAUAAUCCAAAUAAAUUUCAAACAACUAUUCGCUCUGAAAUCCCAAUGAAUACAUCAUCUACUAACCGACGUUCAAUAGAACGCAAAUCUGGAGGACAAGGUGAUUUAGCAUUAAAAGCAUCAUUAUCAAGCGGUGAUAUACGUCGGCUAACAGAUAACGGAAAUACAGAAAUUCGUAAUACAGCAGGAUCGAAAUAUUUAACAAGUAGCCGACCAAAUAGACUUCCAAGACGAUAA